AUGACCGAACACAAUAGCAGUUCAACAUCCGUACCCAACAACAAAACAGCAAUUGGGGAUAUAACUGCUGAAGGAUAUAUUACAACAACAACCGGCACAAACGAAAGUGAUGGACCCAUAACUGUUACCUUAUUCGACGAAGCAACAUCUGUUGCGGAUAACAACGGCACUACGACGAACCGAACCGAUACAUCAACACAACACAGGAAUGGUUCGACAGCUUUACACAUUACAUCAACGGCCGCCGAAAAUGAAGACAUUGCGUCAACAUGGGGAGAAAAAGGUACCAAAUCGUUGUAUGAUCAAGCUUCUUCCUUUGUCAAUAAACAUACCACGUCGACGUCAGAUAGCGCAAUCAACACUUUAGGAUAUCAAAAUAGUACCUCACGGUCUUACGACACAACUACAAUGUCUAUUAGCAAACAAGCUACAUCGGCGUUGGAUGGCACAUUAACUGAGAUAAAUACACCAACGUAUGCAGACACAGUUACAGUGCCAGGUGAUGUUAAAACAACGUUUAAUGACAACGGAGUUACACCGUUAGAUCAUAAAGCAACAACAACGUUAAAUGACGAGGCAACAACAUCAAUAUAUGACAAAGCGAAUGCAGCAUUCCAAGACAAAGCAGGUACAACGAUAGAUAAUAAAGCAACUACAACGUUCUAUGGUAAAGAAAAGGCAACCUUAAAUGGCAAAGCAACAGCGUCGUUAGAUGACAAAGCAACCACUAUGUUAGAUGACAAAGCAAUUACAACGUUAGAUGACAAAGCAAUUACAACGUUAGAUGACAAAGCAACAACGACGUUCGAAAACAAAUCAAAAACAACGUUAUAUGACAAAGCAAUUACAACGGUAUAUAACAAAGCAACAACGACGUUCGAAAACAAAGCAAAAACAACGUUAGAUGACAAAGCAAAAACAACGUUAGAUGACAAAACAACUACACCGUUGGAUGACAAAGCAAAAACAACGUUCGAUGACAAAACAGCUACACCGUUAGAUGACAAAGCAAAAACAACGUUCGAUGACAAAACAGCUACACCGUUAGAUGACAAAGCAAAAACAACGUUAGAUGACAAAACAACUACACCGUUAUAUGACAAAGCAAAAACAACGUUAUAUGACAAAGCAAUUACAACGGUUUAUGGCAAAGCAACAACGACGUUCGAAAACAAAGCAAAAACUACGUUAGAUGACAAAACAACUACACCGUUAGAUGACAAAUCGAAAUCAACAGCCUAUGGCAAAGCGACUGCAGCGUUAGAUGGCAAAACAACAACAUCGUUUGCUGACAAGGCAGUUACUACGUUAAAUAACAAAGCAAAUACAACGCUAUAUGAUAAUGCAACAACAACACUAGGAAGCAGAACAACACCAAAGUUAGAUGAAAAACCAGUAUCAACGUUAGACGAAAAACCAGUAUCAACGUUAGACGAGAAAGGGACUGAAGCGUUUGACAACCAAACAACUACAACGUUUUAUGAAAAAGCAGCCUCAAGAUUUGAUGACAAUAGAACACAAACGUUAGAUGAAAAAACAGCGGCAACCUUAGAUGGCAAGGAAACAGCAUCGGCACGAUACAAAAUAACUACAACAUUAGAAAAUAAAGACACUUUAAUGCUAGAUAAAAUAGCAGCAACAACGUUAGACGACAAGAUAACAACAACGUUAGAUGGCAAAACAAAAGCAACACCAUAUUACAAAGGAACUACAGUGGUAGACGACAAAGUACUAGCAACGUUAAAUGACAAAAGCAGAACAACGCUAGAUGACGUAACUAUAACGCUUGAUGAACAAAUAACAGCAACAUUUUAUGGCAAAGGAACUACAGCGUUAGAUGACAAAAUAACAGUAACGUUUGAUGACAAAGUGUCUACAGCGGUAGACAACAUAGAACUUACAACGUUAAAUGACAAAGCAGUACCAUCACCAAAUGACAAAGUAACAUCAACGUUAGAUAGCAAAGCAACAGUUACGUUUGGCUUUAAAGCCACAUCAACGUUAAAAGACAAGGAAACAACAUCAGCGCUUGACGGCAAAGCUACAUCAACGUUUGGCGACAAAGUAACACAGACGCUAGACGAAAAAGCAACAUCAACUUCAGAUGGCAAAAACACUGUAUCAACGGUAAACAAUACAGAAACAACAACAAUAUACGACAAAGCAACUAGGACGUUAGAUGGUGUCGAUUCAUCAACGUUAGACACCACAGUUACGGAAACAAUAGAUGGCGUCGCUACACCCACGUUAGACGACAAAACUACUAUAAAGGGUGAGAACAAAUUCACUGCAACGUUAGACGACAAAGCAGUUUCAGCGUUUGAUAGAAAAUCCGAAGGAUCAACUACGUCAAACGGCAAAGCUACACAGACGUUAAAAGUUACAGGGACUUUAGAAGACAAACUCACAGCAGCUCCAGAGCGCAAUUCUACAAUAGUGUUUGAUGACAACGCUACAAAAGCUUUUGACAGCAACGUUUCAGAAGGAACUAAAAAUACAUAUCCAGCAACGGUAGUAAGUGUUACUGAAACCGUUGAAGAGAGCUUUUCCACAAACCAUUUCACUAACAGAGAAGAGACAGCUUAUAAAACACAAAAUAGUGAACGUUUUGUGUUUGCAACUGAGCAAAGCUCAACAGGAAAUACUGAAAGAAGGCAGUCACCGACAGUCGGAGAGAUGUCAGAACAUGCCGUCAGCACGACAACAGUGAUGGGGUUUGUAGGUAAAGACGCUAAUGCCGACCUAAACAAUGCAACAAGCUUACAUGCGGCCGAUUCGACUGUGCGAUCGCCCACAAUAAGUCCACGCACUUCACAACACACUUCACAACAUACCCAAAACUCAAAACAGAAACCAACAGAAAACUCAACUGAAGAAUUCGUUCAAACCACUCAGAAGACAUUAAUUCUUGCAGACCAAGCACCAAACUUGUCAACGAAGUCAUCAAAUACGCACAUCGAUAUCCUGGACGCAAAACAGACAACGUCGGAGGAUUCAUCUAAAUUUGACCUUCAAACUGCCCAAACGCCACCAGCAAUUACAUAUAACGAAAGUGCACCAGCGAAGCAGAAAACAUCGCCUUCUGUUGUAAAUCCAAACGAUGAACAUUCACAUGAUACAAGCGAAACAACAACGAGUGCAUCGAUCUUACCAAUAUUCAACGAUUCCACGCAAAUCACGUCGAAGACAUAUUCAUCUGUAGCGACAACCUUGGAUAAUAAUAUUACACAUAGAGCUACAUCUGAAGCAAUAGUGAGCGAAAACACAGCUUCUGAUGUAAAGGCCUCAACGUCUGCGGCUUCUGGUACAAUGUCAACAACUAAAGAAUUUUCUGAUUUUGAAAAAGAAGAAAAAUUUUCUUUCGAAGCAGAGUUUUUUACAAAACAAGCAUCCGCAAAUUCAUCCCCGAUAUUGGACACACAUAUGUUUGAAACGCCAGUACGUCCAAAAGAUCCUGACACGACAACGAAUACAACUGAAGCUUCGACGAGUAAGGUGUUGUCCGAGGUAACUUCAGAUAUAGACGAAACUAUAUUAUUCAGCACGAGAAUCAAUGAAAUAUACAGCGAAAGUGGACAGAAUAAACAACAAAGCAAAGAAACGUUAACGCAAACAGUUACAUUAAAUGAUGUUACACAUACAGAUCAAACUAAGCCAAGCAUAGCUGUGAACGAUCCGGUAGCAGAAAUCACAAACAUAGUAGAAACAUUCAGUUAUACAAACUUGACGACCAGGCCUUUAUCGUCUUCAAGAGAGAUUGUACCAGAUAGUAAAAGCAACAUUCGAAACACGUUUUCAUCAUUGAGUGAAGGUGCUGGUUUAACAACAUCAUUUACUACAGGUAAAAUAACUUCAAAUAUAACUGAACAGACAACCUCAAAUUCUGAAAAUAAUACAACAAAGAAAACAAACAACGAAACAACCGCAAAUAGUUUCACAGAAAGUGAACAUGUAAAAAUAAUUGCACAGACAACUUUAAAUCCGGAAAAGAAUAUAACAAAGAAAACACACAAUGGUUUAAUUGAGCAUAGCGUCACAGAAAGUGGACGUUUGGAUAUAACUGAACAGGCAACAUUGACUUCUGAAAAUAAUUUAACAAAGAAAACAAACUAUAUAUCAACCGUAAAUAGUUUCGUACAAAAAGAGAUCAAAGGCACGCAAACGACAAAUGGCAAAACUGACGAUUCUGACAGUUCUUAUUACACAUAUCAAACUACUAUGAUUCUGAACACCAAUACGCCAUCGGUAGUUUCAACGGAGCCGAACUCACCAUAUCCGAGGACCGUACCUAACAAAACAAUUGAGAAUACUGGCAGUUCUUAUAUCAUAACUCCUACUACUUCACUCAUCAACACUAAAGUGCUACCGGUAGUUUCAACAGAGCCUAUUGCUGAACCUCCGAGCACGGUUCAUGACCAAAAAAGUCAGAACACUGGCAUAAAUUAUAACAAAGUUCCAACAACUUUACUCAUUAGCACCAACACCCCAUCGGUGGUUCAAACAGAGACAAAGAUACCACCUCUGAGCACCGUUCCGGGGCAAGCAUCGGGAAAUAAUGGCAUAUCUUAUAACACAAGUCCAACUGUUAUACUCCCGAGCAAAGGAACGACAUCGGUAUAUUCAACAGAGCCAAAUGAACAGAAUCCGAGCACCAUUCUUGACCAUGAAACUGAAGAUAAUGGCAAAAUUGAUAACAAAGGUCAGACUACUUUAAUUCUUAGCACCGAAACUCCAUUGGAAGUCUCAUCAGAGCCAAAUGUACCUUCUCCGGGAAUUGUUCCUGCCCAAGGAACUAAUAAUAGUGCCAAUUCAUAUAUCGGAAGUCCGUCCUCUUUACUCCUGAGCACCGAAACUGCAUCGGUAAUUUCACCAAAUACAAAGUUUCCAAUCACUUCUCCUGAUCUUCAAGGUGAGAAUUCCGCAAGUUCUCAUAACACAGGUCAAACCACUAUACAACUGAGCACCGAAACUCCAUCGGUAGUGUCAACUGAGUCUAAUGAACAAUCUCCGAGUACCGUUCUUGGCCAAGAAACUGAGAAUUUUGGCACUUCUUAUAACGGCAACGCAAGUCCGAAAGAUAUACUACUGAGCACCGAAACGCCUUUGGUAGUUUCAUCAGUGCAGACUCCGGGAACCGUUCCUGCCCAAGGAACUGAUAACACUGUCAGUUCUGGUAACGCUCAUUUGACUACUAAGAUCCUUGGCAACGAAAAUACAGUAUUUUCAACAGAGCCGAUUAAUCCAACUCCGAACACCGAUUCUAAGCAAGAAAAUGAUAAUAGUGGCAUUUCUCAUAGCAUAAGUUCGACCACAAUAUUCCUGAGCACCGAAACUCCAUUGGUAGUUUCACCAGAGCGGAAUGCACCACCGAGAACCAUUCCUGGCCAGGAAACUGAGAUAAGUGUCAGUUCUAAUAGCGGAAGUCCGACUACCUUGCUCCUGAGCACCGAAGCUCAAUCGGUAGUUUCAACAGAACCGAAUCUAUGGAAUCAAUUAACAGCUCUUGACCAAGAAACGGAGAAUACAGGCAUUUCUGAAAACACAAUGCCAACAACUAUUCUUCUCGGCAACGAGACUCCAUCGGCAGUUCAAACAGGGACGAAUAAACCACAUCCGACUUCCAUUCCUGAGCAAAAUGAGAACACUGGCAGUUCUUUAUACACUAGUCAAACAACCAAACAACUCAUCUCCGAAACACCAUCAGUAGUUCCAACACACCCGAGUACAUCACAUGAAAGAACCAUUCCUGACCAUGACACUAAUAGUUCUGACAGUUCAUAUAACAAAAGUCCAACCAUUGUAUUCAUAAACAACAAAACUCCUCUGAAAGUUUCAACAGAUCCGAACCAACCCUGUAGCAGCACCAUUCCUGACCUAGGAACUGAGAAUACAAACAGUUUUGAUAACACACGCCCUACUACUAUACGCAUGAGUAACAAAACGCCAUCGGUAGUUUCAACAAAGAUGAAUGCACUACCUCCGAGCACCGUUCCUGAUCAAAAUACUGAAUUUGGCAGUUCUUAUCACAUAAAACCGACUACUAUUCUCAAGAGCACGAUACCUCCAUCGGUAAUUUCAACACAAGCACUGCAUGCACAGAAUCCAGUCAUAACUCCUGACCAACAAACUGAGAAUACUGACAUUUCUUAUAACACAAGUCAAACAACUAUAUUCAUGAGCAUGGAAACUCCAUCGGUAGUUUCAAAUAAAUCCGAUAAGCAAUCUCCUAGCACCGUUCCGGGCCAAGAAGCUGAGAACAAUGGCAGCUUUUAUAACACAAGUCCGACAGAUAUACUCCUGAGUACCGAAACGCCAUCGGUAGAUAUAACAGGACCGAAUGCGAAGACACCGAGCACGGUUCCAGCCCAAAACACUGAGAAUACGGGCAGUUCUGGUAACAAACACUUGACUACUAUUAUCCUUGGUACCAAAACUAUAGAAGUUUCACCAGAGCCGAAUAAACCACCCCCGAGCACCGUUUCUCAGCAAAUGAAUGAGAACAGUGACAGUUUUCAUUACAUACAUUCGAGCACUAUAUUCAUGAGCACCAAAACUCCAUUGGUAGUUUCAUCAGAGCGGAAUGCACCACCGAGAACCAUUCCUGGCCAGGAAACUGAGAUAAGUAUCAGUUCUAACAGCAGACGUCCGACUAACUUGCUCCUGAGCACCGAAACUCGAUCAGUGAUUUCAACAGAACCGAAUGCAAUGAAUCUGUUCACAGGUCUUGAUCAAGAAUCGGAGAAUACUGGCAUUUCUGAUAACACAAUCCCAACUAUUAUUCUUCUGGGCAACGCAACUCCAUCUGAAGUUCCAACAUACUCGAAUGCACCUACUCCAAAAAAAAUUCCUGACCAAGAAAAUGAAAAUACUGGAAGUUCUUUUGACAGAAGUCCUUUUAUAUUUAUGAGCACUAAAACUCCAUCCGUAAUUUCAACAGGGACGAAUAAACCACAUCCGACUUCCAUUCCUGACCAAACUGAGAACACCGGCAUUUCUUUAAAAACAAGUCAAACAACUAAACAUCUAAUGUCCGGAACACCAUCGGUUGUUCCAAUAGACCCCAGUACAUCACACGAAAGCAACGUUCCUCACCAAGUUACUGAUAAUACAGGCAGUUCAUACAGCAAAAGUUUAGCUGCUGUAUUCCUAAACAACAAAACUCCUUUAGUAGUUUCAACAGAUCCGACCCAACCCCCCAGGAGCACCAUUCAUGGCCAAGGAACUGAGAAUACAGGAAGUUUUAAUAACGCAAGUCCUACUACUAUACGGAUAAGUAGCAACACGCCAUUUGUAAUUUCAACAAACCUGUAUGCACCAAACCCGAGCACCAUUCCUGAUCAAGAUAAUAAUAAUAAUACUGACAGUUUUUAUCACAUAAGUCAGACAACUAUUCUCAAGAGCCUUGAACCUCCAUCGGAAAUUUCAACACAUGAACCGAAUGCACAAAAUCAAAUCACAGCUCACAAAACUGAGAAUACUGACAGUUCUCAUAACGCUGGUCAAACUAUUGAGCUACUGAGCACCGAAACGCCACCGGUAGUUUCAACUGAGGUCAAUGAACAAUUUCCGAGCACCAUUCCGGACCAAGAAACUGAGAAUAAUGGAAGUUCUUAUAACACAGAUAUACAGAUAAGUUCGACAGAUAUACUCCUGAGCACCGAAAAACCAUCGGUAGUUUCAUCUGAGUCCAACGAACAUUUUCAGAGCACCGUUCCGGACCAUGAAACUGAGAAUAAUGGCAGUUCUGGUAACAAACAUUUGAAUACUUUAAUCCUUGGCAUCGAAACUGCAACGCACCCGAAUAAACCAACUCCGAGCACCGUUUCUGAGCAAGAAAAGGCUGAUAGCAUUUCUAUUAACACAAUCCAAACUACUUUUCUACAGAACAACGAAACUCCAUCGGUAGUCUCAACAGAGAAAAAUGCACCUACUCCAAACAGCGUUCCUAAGCAAGAAAAUGAAAAUACUAGCAGUUAUUUUUACCUAAAUUUGUCAACGAUACUCAUAAGCGCUAAAACUUUAUCGGUAGUUUCAACAGAGACGAAUGAUCGACAUCCGACCAACGUUCCAGACCAAACUGAAAAGACCGUUAGUUCUUUUAACAGAAGUCAAACUACCAAACAACUUAUCUCCGAAACACCAGAAGGAGUUCCAACAGGCCAUGAACAGAGUUCAUCACAUGAAAGAAUCGUUCCUGACCAAGAAACUGAUCAUACUGGCAGUGCAUAUAACAAAAGUCCAACCGCUGCAUUUAUAAACAACAAAACUCCUUUGGUAUUUUUAACAGAUUCGAACCAAACCCCUAGGACCGACGUUCCUGACAAAGGAACGCAGAACACAGGCAGUUUUUAUAACACAAGUCUAACUUCUAUACGCAUGAGUAACAAAAUGCCUUCGGUUGUUUCAACAAAGCUAAAUGAACAACCUCCGAGCACCGUUUCUAAUCAAGAUACUGAUAAUAUUGGCACUUAUUAUAAAAUGAGUUCGACUACUAUACUCAAGAGCACGGAACCUGCAGCGGUAGUUUCCACACAGCCGAAUGUACAGACACUGAAGACAGUUGAUGACCACGAAUUAGAGGAUACUAGCAGUUAUUUUAACACAUAUCUAAAUACUAUAUUUCAGAUCACCGAAACUCAAUCGAUACGUUCAACAGAGCCAAAUGAAAAAUAUCCGAACAUCGUUCCUGAACAAAACACAGACAAUAGCAGUUCUUACAACACACAACCAACUACAAUAUUCCUGAGUACCAAAAUACCUUCGGAAGUUUUAACACAGCAUAAGUCAACACCUUCGAGCACUGUUCAUGGCCGGGAAACAGACAAUACUGGCGAUCACUACAAAACAAGUCCAACAAUUAUAUCCUUGGACACCGAACCUACACCGAUAUUCUCAACAGAAUCAAAUGAGCCAUAUUCGAGCACCGUUCCUGCUCAUGAAACUGAGAAAACCGACAGUUUUAAUAACAAAAGUCCGACAAAUAAUCGCCUGAGCAACAAACUUCAAUCGGUAACAUCAGCAGAUCUCAAUGCAUAUCCUUCUAGUACCGUUCAUGACCAGGAAACUGAGAAAGCUGGCCGUUUCUAUAACACAAGUCCAACAACUAUACUCCUGAGCGCCGAGACGACAGAGGUAGUUUCUAAAGAGCGUAAUACACCGACUCAGAAUACGGUUUCUGAUCAAGCAACGGAGAAGAGUGUGGGUUCUUAUAACGCAAAACCUCCGAGCACCACUCCUGACCAAGAAACUGAGAUUUCUGACAGUUAUUAUGACACAAAUCCAACAGGAACACUCCUAAGCACUAAAACAUCUUCGGUAAUAUCCGCAGAUCCGAAUUUAUAUCUACCGAGAACUAUUUCUCAAGAAACUGAGAAUAUUGGUAAUCCUGAUAGCACAAGUCCAACUUCUUUACUCCUGAGCACCGAAACCCCAUUGGAAGUUUCAACAGAGCCGACUGUCCCGACUCCGGGCACCAUUCCCGACCGAGAAACUGUGAAUACUGCCAGGUAUGAUAACAAACGUCCGAGUUCCACUCUUUUCGGUACAGAAACCCCACCGGCAGUUUUAAACGAGACAAAGGCACCAAAUCCAGGGACAGUUUCUGAGCAAAGAAAUGAGACCAGUGGCAGCUCUUACAACACGAGUCCACAUUCAUCACUCUUAAGCACCGAAACCCCAUUGAAACUUACAUCAAAGCUGAAUGGAUCUUCUUCAAGCGCAGUUCCUGACGAAAUAGCUGAGAAUAGUGCGAGUGUUAAAAGCAAAGGUCCGACUACAAUACUCCUGAAAACCGAAACUCCAUCAUUGGGAUCGACAAUGUCUAAUGGUCCGACAACGAAUACUGUUCCUGACCAACAAACUGAGAAUACUAAACGCUCGUACAACACAAGACCAGCACAAAUUCUCCUGAACACCCAGAUUCCAUCAGUUAUUUCAACACAGUCGAAUGCAUUACCUCCAAACACCGACCAAGAAACGAAGACUAGUGGUAGUCUAAAUAGCAUAAACCCAAGUACUAUACUUCCGAGCAUCGAUACUCUAUCUGUGGUUUCAUCAGAAACGAAUGCACAGACUCCGAAUACCGCUUCUGGUCAAGAAACGCAUAAUACUGGCACCGUUCAGGACCAAGAGACUGAAAGUACUGACAGUAUUUAUAACACAAGUCAUAACACAAGUCAAGGAACUAUAUUCAUGAGCACCGAAAUGCCAUCGGAUUUGUUAACAGAGCCCAAUGUACCACCUCCGAGCACCAUUUCUGACCAAGAAACUGAGAUUCCUGUCCCUUCCUAUAACACGAUUUCGACUGCUAUACUCUUGAGCACCGGAGCUCUAUCGGAUGUUCCAACAAAGUUGAACGCACCGCCUACGAACGACGCACCGAACAAAGAAACUGAGACAACUAGAAGUUCUCCAACUUCUUUACUCCUGAGCACCAAGAUCCCAUCAGUAGAUUCAACAGAUCUCAAUGAAUCACCUACGAGAACCGUUCCUGGCCAAACAACUGGAAACUCUGGCAUUACUGGUAACACAAGACUAAUUUCAAAACACCUAGGUACCGAAAUUUCAUCGGUUGUUCCAACUGACCCGUUUGCACCGUCUCCGACAUCGCCCGAACAUGCAACUGAUAAACUUGUUAGUUCUGAUAACCCUCAUUGGGCUACUCUACUGCUGAGCAACAAAACUGCAUUGGGGUUUUCAACAGAGCAAACUGCUGUAGCUCCUAGCAUCGUUCCUGAGCAAGAAACUGAUAGUAGUUACAGUUUUUAUAAUACACAUCCUACUGCUUUACCCCUGAGCACCAACACGCCAUCGGUAAGUUCAACAGAAUCAAACGUACUACCUACGGGAUCCUUUCCAGAAGAAGAAACUGAGAGAACAAUUGUGCCUGUUAUAUUCUUGAGCACAGAAACACCAUCGGGUGUUUCAACAGAGUCGAAUGCACUUUAUUCGAACAUUGCUACAAACCAGGAAACUGAGAAAACUGGAAGUUUUGAAAAUACAGUUCCAACUACUAUACGUCUGAGCACUAGAACACCACGAGAGGUCUCAACAUAUUCGAAUGCACCACAUACGAGCACCGUUUCUGACCAAGCGACUGAGAAAAAUGGCAAUUCAGAUAGCAAACAAAGUCAAACAAUAAUGCACCUGAGAACCAAAUCUGCAUCGGUAGUUUCACGUCCAAGCACCAUUCCUGACCAAAAAACUGCAACUUCUGUCAGUUUGUUUAACACAAGUGCGACUACUACACUCUUAAGCAACGAAACACCAUCGGGUGGUUCAACAGAGACCAAAGGACAUCCUACGAACACCGCUCCCGACCAAGAUACUGAGAAAGCGGGAAUUUCUGAUAACACAACUCCAACUAUUCUAAUGCUAAGCACCGUUAUUUCAUCAGUAGCUUCAACAGAGUCGAAUACUUCCCCUCUUAACAUUUUUUCUGACCAAGCGACUGAGAAUACUGGCAGUUCAGAUAAUUCAAGUAUAAUUACUUUACACAUGAGCAACAAAAACCUUUCGGUAGUUUCAUCAGAGCCGAAUACGCCUUCACCGAGCACCGGUUCAGACAAAGCAACUGAGAAUACUCACAUUUCCGAUACCAUUAGUAUAACUAUAUUACAGAUGAACACCGACACGCCAACGGUAGUUUCAAAAAGGCCGAAUUCACCACCACCGAGCACGGUACCUGGUUACGGAACUGAAAGCACAGACAGUUUUUUUAAAACAAAUCCAACUUCUACACCUUUGAACCCUAAAACGCCACCAGUAGCUUUAACAGAGCCGAAUGAAUCAAAUAAGAACACCCAUACUGACCAAGAAUCUCAAAAAACAAGAACAAAAACUAUACAUCAGAGCAGCGGAACUUCAUCGGUAGUUCCAACAGAGUCAAAAGCACCUCAUUCGAGCACCACUCCCGACGAAGAAAGUGAGAAAACCAAAAGUUUUUAUACCACAUCUCUGACUUCUUUACUGCCGAGCACCGAAAUUCCAUUAGUAGUUACAACAGAUUCGAAUCCACAUCCUCCUGGCACCGUUUCUGACCAAGCAACUGGCAGUUCUGAUAACACACGUCUUACUUCUAUACAACUAAAGAGCGAAACACAAUCGCUAGAUUCAACAGUCAAGAAUGGACCCUCUCUCAGCACUUUGCCGAGCGUAGAAACUGCGACUUCUGUCAGUUCUUAUUACACAGAUGCGACAACUCUAUCCUUUAGCACUGAAACAUCAUCUGAUGUUUCACUAGAGUGGAAUGCACCUCAUAGGAAAACCGCCCCCAAACAAGAAACUGAUAAAAACGGAGGUACUGAUUACACAACCCCAACAAAUAUACUUCUUAGCACCGAAAUUCCACCGGCUAUUUCAACAGAGCCGAAUGCACCUCCACCGAGCACCGUAUCUGACCAAGAAACUAAAACUACUGGCAGCUUUUAUAUAACAAGGCCAACCACUAUACUACUGAACAACGAAACGUCACCGGUGGUUUCAACAAAACCGAGCAAUGUUGGUGGCAAAGAAACUAAGACUACUGACAGUUCUUAUAUCACUAGUUCAAAACCUAUACUCCUCAAUACCGUAACAUCAUCGGUAAUGUCAGCAGAUUCGAGUAAUGUUCCUGAAAAAGAAACUGAGACUUCUGGCAGUUCUAAUAACACAUUUCGAUCAUCUUUUCCCCCUAACAUCGAAGCUCCAUUGGUAGUUUCAAUGCAGUCAAAUGCACCAUCUACGAGUACCGUUGGCGAUCAUGCAACUGAUAAUGCUAGUAGUUCUUAUAACCCAAGUACGGCUAUUAUACUGAUGAGCAACGAUUAUACAUCGGUAGUUUUAUCAGAGUCCAAUGCAUCAGCUCCAAGCAUCGUCCCAAAGCAGGAUAUUGAGAGUUCUGACAGUAUUUAUACCACAAAUCCAACUUCUAAACACCAUAGCACCGAAACGCCAGGGCUGUUUUCACCAGAGUCGAAUAAACAAUCUACGAUCUCCCAUCCAGAACAAGCAACUCAGAAUACUGGCAGUUCUUAUACCACAAGUUCAAAAACUAUACUACUCACCACCGAAACGUCAUCGUUAAUUUCAGCAGAUCCGAGCAAUUUUCAUCAAAAAGAAACCGAGACUUCUGACAGUUCUUAUAACACAAUUCGAACAACUUUUUCCCCUAGCACCGAAACUCCAUUGUUGGUUUCAAUAAAGCCAAAUACGCCAUCUACAAGUACCGUUACUGAUCAUACAACUGAUAAUGCUGGUAGUUCUUAUAACCCAAGUCCGUCUACUGUACAGCUGAGCAACGAUAAUACAUCUGUAGUUUCUUCCGAGCUCAAUGCAUCAGCUCCAACCAUCGUUCCAAAGCGAGAUAUUGAGAGUUCUGACAGUUUUUAUAACACAAAUCCAGCUUCUAUACCCAUGAGCACCGAAACGCCAGCGCUGUUUUCAACUGAGUCGAAUGAACCAUCUACGAAAUCCAAUACUGAGCAAGCAACUCAGAACACUGGCAGUUCUUAUAUCACAAGUUCAAAAACUAUACUCUUCAGCACCGAAACGUCAUCGGAAGUUUCAGCAGAUCCAAGCAAUGUUCCUGAAAAAGAAAUUGAAACUUCUGGCAAAUUUUAUAACACGAUUCCAACAAUUUUAGCCCUGAACUCCGAAACUCCAUUUGCAGAUUUAAAAGAGCCCAAUGCAUCAUCUACGAGUAUCGUUACUGACCAUGCAACUCAUAAUGUUGCCAGUUCUGAAGAUAUAAGUCCGACUACUAUUUCGCUGAGCAACGGUAAUACAUCGGUUCCAUCAGAGCCAAAUGCAUCAACUGCAAGCAUCGUUCCAAAGAAAGAUACUGAGAGUUCUGACAGUAUUUAUAACACAAGACCAACUUCUAUACCUGUGAGCACCGACACGCAAUUUGUAGUUUUAACAGAGGCGAAUGCACCUCCUUCGAGCACCUUGUCUGAUUUAGAAACAGAGACUACUGUCAGUUCUAUUAACACAACUAUGACUUCUGUACUCGUGAGCACUGAUAAACUAUCGGGUGUUUCAAAAGUGUCGAAUGCACCUCAUACGAACACCAUCCCCGACCAGGAAACUGAAAAAACGGGAAGUUCUGAUAACACGAAUCCAACUUCUUUACAGCUGAGCACAGAAAUUCCACCAUUAGGUUCAACAGAGUCAAAUGCACCACAUCCAAACACCGUGACUUCCAAAGUAACUGAAAAUACUGGCAGUUCAGAUAAGACAAGUCUAAUAAGUGUAUCCCUGAGAACCGAAAACACAUUGGUUGUUUCAAUAGAGCCCAAUAUAACAUUUCCGAGUACCGUUCCCGACCAUGGAACUGAUAAUACUGGUAGUUCUAAUGACCAAAGUCCGAUAACUAUACCACUGAGCAACGAAUCUACAUCGGUUAAUUCAACAGAGACUCGUGUACAAGCUAAAAGUACCAUUCAUGGGCAAGAAAUUGAGAGCACUGACUUUAUUUAUUACACUCAUCCAAAUUCUUUUCCCCUGAGCACCGAAACACCAUCGGUAGUCUCAAACGAACCGAAAGCAUCACCUACAAGCAUACUUGUUGAACCAGAUACUGAAUCUAACGAAACCAAUCUGACUGGUAAUCUAAUGAGCACCGAAACACCUUCGGGUGUUCCGACAGAGUCGAAUGCACCUCCUCGCAACACUGCUCCCAAAAAAGAAACUGAGAAAACAAGUAGUGAUGAUACCACAACUCUGACUACUUUGCUGCCGUUCACAGAAAUUCCAACUUUAGUUUCAACUAAUUCGAAUGCAUUACCUCCGAGCAACGUUUCUGAUCAACCGACUGAGAACAUUGGCAGUUCUGAUAUCCCAAGUCUCACUACUAUGCACCUGAACACCAAAACUACAUCGGUAGCUUCAACAACCCUGAAUGAACCACGUCCGAGCACGUUGCCUGCACUAGAAACUGAGACUACUGUCAGUUCUUACAUGACAAAUGCGACUACUAUACUCUUGAGCACAGAACAUACAGCUGUUUCAAAAGUGUCGAAUGAACCUUAUACGAUCACUGCUUUCGACCAAGAAUCUGAGAAACCUGGAAGUACUCAUAACACAACUCCAAUUACUAAACUACUAAACACCGAAAUACCAUCUAUAUUUUCAACUAAUUCGAAUGCAUUACCUCCGAGCAACGUUUCUGAUCAACCGACUGAGAACAUUGGCAGUUCAGAUAUCACAAGUCUAACUUCUAUGCACCUGAGCACCAAAACUACAUCGGUAGAUUCAACAAACCUGAAUGAACCACGUCCCAGCACCUUGCCUGAACUACAAACUGAGACUACUGUCAGUUCUAACAAGACAAAUGCGACUACUAUACUCUUGAGCACAGAACAUACAGCUGUUUCAAAAGUGUCGAAUGAACCUUAUACGAUCACUGCUUUCGACCAAGAAUCUGAGAAACCUGGAAGUACUCAUAACACAACUCCAAUUACUAAACUACUAAACACCGAAAUUCCAUCUCUAGUUUCAACUAAUUCGAAUGCAUUACCGACGAGCAACGAUUCUGAUCAAGUGACAGAGAACAUUGGCAGUUCAGAUUACACAAGUCUAACUUCUAUGCACCUGAGCACCCAAACUACAUCGUUAGAUUCAACAAUCCCGAAUGAACCACGCCCGAGCACCUUGCCUGAACUAGAAAAUGAGACUACUGUCAGUUCUUAUAUGACAAAUGCGACUACUAUACUCUUGAAAACCGAAACUAUUGCUGUUUCAAAAGUGUCAAAUGCAUCUUAUACGAACAAUGCUUCCGACCAAGAAAAUAAGAAAACUGAAUGUACUGAUAACACAACUCCAACUACUGAUCUGCUCAGCACCGGAAUUCCAUUAGUAGUUUUAACAGAGUCGAAUAAACCACUUCCAAACACCGUGUCUGACCUAGUGACUGAGAACACUGCCAUUUCAGAUAAGACAGGUCUUAUAACUAUUCAACUGAGCACCGAAAUGCCGUCGGAGGUUACAGCAGAGCCGAAUGUAUCAUCACAUAGCACUGUUCCUAACGAAGCAACUGAGAAAACUCGCAUUUCAGAUAACACAAGUCAAACUUUUAUUCACUUGAGCACCGAAACGCAAUCAGAAGCUUCAACAAAGCCGAGUGCACGACCACCGAGCACCAUUCCUAAGAAUGGAACUGAACGCACAGUUAGUUUUUAUAAAAACAAUCUAACUUCUAUACCCUUUAGUCCCGAAACGCCAACAGUAGUUUCAACACUUCCGAAUGAACCAUCUACGAACUCCCAUCCUGACCAAGCAACUCAGAACACUGGCAGUGAUUAUAUCACAAGUUCAAAAACUAUACUCUUCAGUAACGAAACGUCAUCGGUAGUUUCAGCAGAUCCGAGCAAUGUUUCUGAAAAUGAAAGUGAGACUACUGGCAAAUCUUAUAACACAAUUCAAACAACUCCAGCCCUGAGUACCGAAACACCAUUGGAAGUUUCAAUAGAGACCAUUGCACCAUCUCCGAAUACCGUUACUGACCAUGCAACAUAUAAUGCUGAUGGUUCUGAUGACCGAAGUCCGACUUCUAUUUUGCUGGGCAACAAUACUACAUCGUUAGUUUCAACAAAACCCAAUUCAACAGCUCCAAGCACAUUGCCUGAUUUUGAAACUGAGACUACUGUCAGUUCUUUAAACGCAACUAUGCCUACAAUAUUCUUUAGAACCGAUACACCAUCGGGUAUUUCAACAGUGACGAAUGCACAUCAUACACCAUUGAGUCCCAAAACGCCAUCAGUAGGUUCAAUAGAGCAGAAUACACCACCAUCGAGCACCGUUCCUGACCAAGGAAAUGAAAGCACAGGCAGUUCUUACAAUCUAACUUCUAUACCCUUGAGCACCGGAACGCCAACGGUAGUUUCAAUGGAUUCGAAUGAACCAUCUACGAACUCCAUUCCUGACCAAAAUACUGGCAGUUUUUAUAUCACAAGUUCAGAACCUAUACUCUUCAGCAACGAAACGUCAUCGGUGGUUUCAGCAGAUCCGAGCAAUGUUUCUGACCAAGAAACUGAGACUGCUGGCAAAUCUUAUAACACAAUUCAAACAACUAUAGCCCUGAGUACCAAAACUCCAUUGGAAGUUUCAAUAGACACCAUUGCACCAUAUCCGAGUACCGUUACUGACCAUGCAACUAAUAAUGCUGAUGGUUCUGAUAACCAAAGUCCGACUUCUAUUUUGCUGAGCAACAAUACUACAUCGCUUGUUUCAACAAAACCAAAUGCAUCAGCUCCAAGCACAUUGCCUGAUUUAGAAACUGAGACUACUGUCAGUUCUUUAAACACAACUAUGCCUACUAUAUCUUUGAGAACCGAUACACCAUCGGGUAUUUCAACAGUGACGAGUGCACAUCAUACACCAUUGAGUCCCGAAACGGCAUCAGUAGGUUUAAUAGAGCAGAAUGCACCACCAUCGAGCACCGUUCCUGACCAAGGAAAUGAAAGCACAGGCAGUUCAUACAAUCUAACGUCUAUACCCUUGAGCACCGGAACGCCAACGGUAGUUUCAACGGAAUCGAAUGAACAAUCUACGAACUCCAUUCCUGACCAAGAAACUCAAAAUACUGGCAGUUUUUAUAUCACAAGUUCAAAAACUAUACUCUUCAGCAACAAAACGUCAUCGGUGAUUUCAGCAGAUCCGAGCAAUGUUUUUGGCGAAGAAACUGAGACUGCUAGCAAAUCUUAUAAUACAAUUCAAACAACUUUAGCCCUGAGUACCGAAACUCCAUUGGAAGUUUCAAUAGAGACCAUUGCACCAUAUCCGAGUACCGUUACUGACCAUGCAACUAAUAAUGCUGAUGGUUCUGAUAACCCAAGUCCGACUUCUAUUUUGUUGAGCAACAAUACUACAUCGCUAGUUUCAACAAAACCAAAUGCAUCAGCCCAAAGUACAUUGUCUGAUUUAGAAACAGAGACUUCUGUCAGUUCUUUAAACACAACUAUGCCUACUAUAUCUUUGAGAACCGAUACACCAUCGGGUAUUUCAACAGUGACGAGUGCACAUCAUACACCAUUGAGUCCCGAAACGGCAUCAGUAGGUUUAAUAGAGCAGAAUGCACCACCAUCAAGCACCGUUCCUGACCAAGGAAAUGAAAGCACAGGCAGUUCUUACAAUCUAACGUCUAUACCCUUGAGCACCGGAACGCCAACGGUAGUUUCAACGGAAUCGAAUGAACAAUCUACGAACUCCAUUCCUGACCAAGAAACUCAAAAUACUGGCAGUUUUUAUAUCACAAGUUCAAAAACUAUACUCUUCAGCAACAAAACGUCAUCGGUGAUUUCAGCAGAUCCGAGCAAUGUUUUUGACGAAGAAACUGAGAAUGCUAGCAAAUCUUAUAAUACAAUUCAAACAACUUUAGCCCUGAGUACCGAAACUCCAUUGGAAGUUUCAAUAGACACCAUUGCACCAUAUCCGAGUAUCGUUACUGACCAUGCAACUAAUAAUGCUGAUGGUUCUGAUAACCCAAGUCCGACUUCUAUUUUGCUGAGCAACAAUACUACAUCGCUAGUUUCAACAAAACCCAAUGCAUCAGCCCAAAGUACAUUGUCUGAUUUAGAAACAGAGACUUCUGUCAGUUCUUUAAACACAACUAUGGAUACUAUAUUCUUGAGAACCGAUACACCAUCGGGUAUUUCAACAGUGACGAGUGCACAUCAUACACCAUUGAGUCCCGAAACGCCAUCAAUAGGUUCAAUAGAGCAGAAUGCACCACCAUCGAGCACCGUUCCUGACCAAGGAAAUGAAAGCACAGGCAGUUCUUACAAUCUAACGUCUAUACCCUUGAGCACCGGAACGCCAACGGUAGUUUCAACGGAAUCGAAUGAACAAUCUACGAACUCCAUUCCUGACCAAGAAACUCAAAAUACUGGCAGUUUUUAUAUCACAAGUUCAAAAACUAUACUCUUCAGCAACGAAACGUCAUCGAUGAUUUCAGCAGAUACGAGCAAUGUUUCUGACCAAGAAACUGACACUGCUAGCAAAUCUUAUAACACAAUUCAAACGACUUUAGCCCUGAGUACCGAAACUCCAUUGGAAGUUUCAAUAGAGACCAUUGCACCAUCUCCGAGUACCGUUACUGACCAUGCAACUAAUAAUGCUGAUGGUUCUGAUAACCCAAGUCCGACUUCUAUUUUGCUGAGCAACAAUACUACAUCGCUAGUUUCAACAAAACCCAAUGCAUCAGCCCAAGGUACAUUGUCUGAUUUAGAAGCAGAGACUACUGUCAGUUCUUUAAACACAACUAUGCCUACAAUAUUCUUGAGAACCGAUACACCAUCGAGUAUUUCAACAGUGACGAAUGCACAUCAUACACCAUUGAGUCCCGAAACGCCAUCAAUAGGUUCAAUAGAGCAGAAUGCACCUACAUCGAGCACCGUUCCUGACCAAGGAAAUGAAAGCACAGGCAGUUCUUACAAUCUAACUUCUAUACCCUUGAGCACCGGAACGCCAAUGGUAGUUUCAACGGAAUCGAAUGAACAAUCUACGAACUCCAUUCCUGACCAAGAAACUCAAAAUACUGGCAGUUUUUAUAUCACAAGUUCAAAAACUAUACUCUUCAGCAACGAAACGUCAUCGGUGAUUUCAGCAGAUCCGAGCAAUGUUUCUGACCAAGAAACUGACACUGCUAGCAAAUCUUAUAAUACAAUUCAAACAACUUUAGCCCUGAGUACCGAAACUCCAUUGGAAGUUUCAAUAGAGACCAUUGCACCAUAUCCGAGUACCGUUACUGACCAUGCAGCUAAUAAUGCUGAUGGUUCUAAUAACCCAAGUCCAACUUCUAUUUUGCUGAGCAACAAUACUACAUCGCUAGUUUCAACAAAACCCAAUGCAUCAGCUCCAAGCUCAUUGCCUGAUUUAGAAACUGAGACUACUGUCAGUUCUUCAAACACAACUAUGCCUACAAUAUUCUUGAGAACCGAUACACCAUCGAGUAUUUCAACAGUGACGAAUGCACUUCAUACACCAUCGAGUCCCGAAACGCCAUCAGUAGGUUCAAUAGAGCAGAGUACACCACCAUCGAGCACCGUUGCUGGCCAAGGAGAUGAAAGCACAGGCAGUUUUUACAAUCUAACUUCUAUACCCUUGAGCACCGGAACGCCAACGGUAGUUUCAACGGAAUCGAAUGAACAAUCUACGAACUCCAUUCCUGACCAAGAAACUCAAAAUACUGGCAGUUUUUAUAUCACAAGUUCAAAAACCAUACUCUUCAGCAACGAAACGUCAUCGGUGAUUUCAGCAGAUCCGAGCAAUGUUUCUGACCAAGAAACUGAGACUGCUAGCAAAUCUUAUAAUACAAUUCAAACAACUUUAGCCCUGAAUACCGAAACUCCAUUGGAAGUUUCAAUAGAGACCAUUGCACCAUAUCCGAGUACCGUUACUGACCAUGCAACUAAUAAUGCUGAUGGUUCUGAUAACCCAAGUCCGACUUCUAUUUUGCUGAGCAACAAUACUACAUCGCUAGUUUCAACAAAACCAAAUGCAUCAGCUCGAAGCACAUUGCCUGAUUUAGAAACUGAGACUACUGUCAGUUCUUCAAACACAACUAUGCCUACAAUAUUCUUGAAAACCGAUACACCAUCGAGUAUUUCAACAGUGACGAGUACACAUCAUACACCAUUGAGUCCCGAAACGCCAUCAGUGGGUUCAAUAGAGCAGAAUGCACCACCAUCGAGCACGGUUCCUGACCAAGGAAAUGAAAGCACAGGCAGUUCUUACAAUCUAACUUCUAUACCCUUGAGCACCGGAACGCCAACGGUAGUUUCAACGGAAUCGAAUGAACCAUCUACGAACUCCAUUCCUGACCAAGAAACUCAAAAUACUGGCAGUUUUUAUAUCACAAGUUCAAAAUCUAUACUCUUCAGCAACGAAACGUCAUCGGUGGUUUCAGCAGAUACGAGCAAUGUUUUUGACCAAGAAACUGAGACUGCUAGCAAAUCUUAUAACACAAUUCAAACGACUUUAGCCCUGAGUACCGAAACACCAUUGGAAGUUUCAAUAGAGACCAUUGCACCAUCUCCGAGUACCGUUACUGACUUUGCAACUAAUAAUGCUGAUGGUUCUGAUAACCCAAGUCCGACUUCUAUUUUGCUGAGUAACAAUACUACAUCGCUAGUUUCAACAAAACCCAAUGCAUCAGCUUCAAGCACAUUGCCUGAUUUGGAAACUGAGACUACUGUCAGUUCUGUAAACACAACUAUGCCUACUAUAUCUUUGAGAACCGAUACACCAUCGGGUAUUUCAACAGUUACGAGUGCACAUCAUACACCACUGAGUCCCGAAACGCCAUCAGUAGGCUCAAUAGAGCAGAAUGCACCACCAUCGAGCACCGUUCCUGACCAAGGAAAUGAAAGCACAGGCAGUUCUUACAAUCUAACUUCUAUACCCUUGAGCACCGGACAACCAACGGUAGUUUCAACGGAAUCGAAUGAACUUUCUACAAACUCCUUUUCUGACCAAGAAACUCAAAAUACUGGCAGUUUUUAUAUCACAAGUUCAAAAACUAUUCUUGUCAGCACCGAAACGUCAUCGGUGGUUUCAGCAGAUCCGAGCAAUGUUUCUGACCAAGAAACUGAGACUACUAGCAAAUCAUAUAACACAAGUCGAGCAACGUUAGACCUGAACACCGAAAAUCCAUUGGUAGUUUCAAUAAAGCCAAAUUCACCACUUCCGAGAACUGACAAUGCAACUGAUAAAACUGGUAGUUCUAAUAAUCCUAGUCCGACAACAAUACAACUGAGCAACAAUACUACAUCGUCAGUUUCAUUACAGCCCAAUGCAACAGCUCCGAGUACCAUUCAUGAGCAACAUAUUGAGAGUACUGACACUAAUACAACUACCAUAACCAUGAGCACCGACACCAAAUUGGCAGUUUCAACAGAGUCGAAUACCUCUCCUACAAGCAUCCAUCCUGAAAUAGAAACUGAGACUACUGUCAGUUCUUAUAACAACAGUUAUACUGCCAAGCUGCUGAGCACCGAAACACCAUUAGUUGUUCAAACAGAGUGGAAAGCACCUCCUACGAAGAUCGCUCCUGACAAAGAAACUGAGAAAACCGAAAGUUCUGAUACCACAACUCUGACUUUUACACUGCCGAGCACCGAAAUUCCAUUGGUAGAUACAACAGAUCCGAGCACCGUACCAGUCCAAACAACGGUGAAUAUUGGCAGUUCUGAUAACACAAGUCUUUUUAAUAUACACAUAAAGACUGAAACUCAAUCGGUAGAUUCAACAGUCCAGAAUGAACCCUUUCCGAGCACCUUGUCGAACCUAGAAACUGGGUCUUUUGCCAGUUCUCGUCACACAAAUAUGACUACUAUACUCAUGAGCACCGAAACACAAUCAGUUGUUUCAACAGAGUCAAAUGAACCUCCUACGUACACAUCUCCCAAAGAAGAAACUGAGAAAACUGAUAGUUCUAAUAAGACAAUUCCAAAUUAUAUACUGCUUCGUACCGAUAUUCCAUCAGCAGUUUCAACAGAGUUGAAUGCACUUCUUCCAAACACCGUUUCCGGCCAAGUAAAUGAGAAUACUGGCAGUUCAGGUAGGACAGGUCUAACUUCUACACACCUGAGCAUCGAAAGUUCAUCGGUAAUUUCAACCGAGUCGAAUGCAACUUCACCUAGCACCGUCCCUGACCAAGCAACUGAGAAUAAUCGCAGUAAAGAUAGCACAAAUCUAACUAGUAUGCACCUGAGCACCGACACACCAUCGGUAGGCUCAACAGAGCCGAAUGCACCACAACAGAGCACCGUUUCUGAUCAAGGAUCUGAAAGCACAGACAGGUUUUAUAAAAACAAUUUAACUUCUUUAUCACUGAGUCCCGAAACGCCAGCGGUAGUUUCAACAGAAUCGGGUGCACCACCACUGAGCACCUUUCUUGAUCAAGUAACUGAAAAAACAGACAGUCUUUAUGAAAAAAGUCCGACUUCUUUACCCUUGAGUCCCGAAACGCCAUCGGUAAUUUCAACAGAGCAGAAUGAACCAUCUACGAACUCUCAACCUGACCAAGAAACUCAGAAUACUGGAAGUUUUUAUAUCACAAAUUCAAAAACUAUACUACUGAGUACCGAAAGGUCAUCGGUUAUUUCAGUAGUUCCGAGCAAUGUUCCUGGCUCAGAAACUGGGAGUUCUGGCAAAUCUUAUAACACUAUUCCAACAACUAAGGCCCUGAGCACCGAAACUCCAUUUAAAGCUUCAAAAGGGCCCAGUGCAUCCUCUAUACGUACCGUUACUGACCAUGCAACUUAUAAUACUGGUAGUUCUUAUAAAACAAGUUCGACUAGUAUACAACUGAGCAACGAGACUACAUUGUCAGUAUUAACAGAGUCCAAUGAACCAUCUCAAAGUACCAUUCAGCAAGAAAUUGAGAGUACCGACAGUUUUAAGAACAGAAAUCCAACUUAUUUACCCUCGAGCACUGAAACGUCAUCGGUAGUUUUAACGGAGUCGAUUACACCUCCUACGAGCAUCCGUGCUGAAAUAGAAAUUGAGACUACUGUUAGUUCUUAUAACAACGAUUAUACUGCUACUAUGCUGGGAACUGAAGCACCAUCGGGUGUUCCAACUGAGUCGAAUGCACCUUCUCCGAACACCGCUCCCGACAAAGAAACUGAGAAAACUGGAAGCUCUGAUACCACAACUCUUACUUCUUCACUGCUGAGCACCGAAAUUCCAUCAGCAGUUUCAACAGAUUGGACAGCACGUCCUCUGAUCACCGUUCCUGACCAAGCAACUGUGAAUACUAGUAGUUCUGAUAGUACAAGUCUAACUACUAUACACCUGAGCACCGAAGCUCCAUUGCACCAGAACACCAUCGGUUGUUUCAACAAAGUCGAAUGCUGCUCCAACGAAGACCGCUACCAACCUAGAAACUGA